AUGAGCUGCCUUGCUGACAAGCAGACAAUGGGCCUCCGCAGCGGAACCUUCCAAGUCCACGUCGGCAAAGACGACAAUAUGGUCACCUUCCACAUCCACAUCUCCGUCGCCUGCAAAUACUCCAGCUUCUUCCGCUCAGCCGUCAUCUGGUCCUGGGUCAGAUCCACCGGCGACGUCGUCAACCUCCCCGAGUACGAGCCCGACACGUUUGAACUCUACCUGCAGUGGCGCUACACGAACACCCUUCCUGUCAGCGAAGAAUCGGAAGAGAAACCAUAG